AUGGGUCAGUCUCAGUCCGCGGGCUCGAAAGACCCGGAAUCACAAUCGUCAGAUCGAAAAACGGAUUAUUAUGAACUAUUGAAUGUGACACCUACUGCCACAGAUGAAGAAAUCAAGAAAGCUUAUCGCAAGAGGGCCUUGGAGCUGCAUCCUGAUCGAAAUUAUGGGAAUGUAGAGGAAGCCACCCAGAAGUUUGCCGAAAUUCAAACCGCAUACGAAGUCCUUGCAGAUCCGCAAGAACGUGCAUGGUAUGACUCCCACAGUGAUGCCUUCUUGGGGACUGGUGGGGGCUCUGAGGGGGCUCCGCAUUCAUACAAUGUCCGAAUGACAACUGCAGACGAGGUCCUCAAGGUUUUUUCGCAAUUCAGCCCUCGCAUGGAGUUCUCCGACUCCCCGACAGGGUUCUUUGGUGGCCUUCGAGAACAAUUCACCAAGCUGGCCUUAGAGGAGCGGCAGGCAUGCCAGUGGGAAGGUCUGGAUGAGGUGGACUAUCCAUCAUUUGGAGGUCGCAAUGACCAUUUUGAGACCGUGGUCCGCCCAUUUUACAACGCCUGGGCUGGGUUCUCAACUCGAAAAUCGUUUGCUUGGAGAGAUACCUACCGCUACUCCGAGGCCCCAGAUCGCCGUGUGCGACGCUUAAUGGAGAAGGAGAAUCGGCGUCUUCGAGAUGAGGGAACCCGUGAAUUCAAUGACGCGGUUAGGUCUCUGGUAGCUUUUGUAAAGAAACGAGAUCCACGAUACCAGGCAAAUGCGCAGAACGAGGCUCAACGCCAAGAAACACUUCGUCAGUCGGCGGCUGCCCAGGCUGCCCGAUCUCGAGCCAUGAAUCAGGCCAAGCUGCGUGAGCAUGUUGUUCCCGAGUGGGCGCGAUCCGAAGAGCCUACGGUCGAGGAAGAGGAGAGCUCUGAAAGCGAGGUCGAAAAUUUCGAAUGUGUGGUGUGCAACAAGACUUUCAAAAGUCAAAAUCAAUUCGAAGCCCAUGAACGAAGCAAAAAACAUUUGAAGGCGUUCAAGCAGCUAUGUCGUGAAAUGCGAGCGCAGAAUGAAGAUCUAGACUUGGAACCAGCUACCUAUUCUGCCACGCCCGAUACAGCAGCUUUGAGUGAGGAUGAUAAUACUAGUCUUAAGCCAACCUCCCUCGAGGAACGAUUGGGAAGUCCGAUCGCCGGGGAUAUCAAGAACGGUCUGCUUGACGAGCCUGCGCGAACGUUCGCCUCUGAUUUGGAGGAGAACACUCGUGAUUCCCGCAUCCCUUCCUCUGCCCAGGAUUCUGACUCGGAACCUGCUUCAUCACAUUCGGCCCAUGAUGAUGACUACGCUUCCAGGGAGGUCAUUCAAACAAGACUUCACUCCCAUGAUGAAUCCUCGCAAGACGACUCCAUCGUUGAAUUGACUGAACAAUUAUCAGCCUCUGGGCUUGAUGAUCCGGCUGCCCCUCGAGUGGGAAAGGCCAAGCAGAAACGGGCUAAGAAAGCGGCCCAGGGUAGUGAGCAAGCUGGCUUUCCUUGUGCAAACUGUAGUGCGAUAUUUCCCUCCAGGACGAAGCUGUUUACUCAUAUCAAAGAAAACCCAACGCAUGCGCAGCUCAUCAAGACUACAAAGACCAAAAACAAAAGGCGGUGA